GAUCCUGUCGUGCGGACAUACAGGCUAUCCCACCUCAAAAGUAUGUAAUUAUUCUGGCUGUGGUGUCGCUGCGCCCUGAUCAACAAUUUUCGCGUGUAUUAUUAGCUCUGCAGAUGGCAUCUGGGCGCCUUCCUCUGAGAAAAUGAGCAGCUGACCAUGGUCGUUGCCCAUGUGUCACCCUGUAGUCCAGCUGCGACCGAUGCGGCGGCCAGACCAGUAGUACCGGCGUUUGCCGUAAGAUGUCUCCCCGGUCGCGCGGUCUCCUUGACAACCCUGGUGUGACCCGGGGUAAAUUGAGAGACCCCCGGACGACCCGCUGACGGCACACACACCGCUCGGGGUGUGUGUGCGUCUGGUCGCGCACCGUCCGCUGUCGGCUCAACCCUCGCCUCUGAGCCGCCAAUGGGGCUGUCUGUGUGCCUGCGGCUGGCCUGGCUGGUCGCGGCGGCGGCGGCGGUGUACUCGCAGUACGAGGGUCCCCAGGAGCCGGACGAGCCGUGCCAGGACGUGACGGCCGAGUUCAACCGGCUGACUGAGCCGCUGCCGGCCGGCCGGCUGCCCCGUGCUGACCUGCGGCUCAUGACUGCUGGCACGGACAACGAGAACUGGUGCCGCAACAUGUGCCAGGCCCGUCCGUCCUGCCGAAGCGUGGCGUUCAGUCGCGGGGCGGCCGAGUGCCGUCUGUUCCAGGUGCCAGCCACGCUUGACAACACAGAGGCCGCCGAUGGAGACUGGCUGCUCGUGAACCGCAUGUCUCAGGGUCAGUCCGCUCUGGGCCCUGGCCCCUACCCGACCCUGCAUCAGUCCGCUCUGGCCCCUGUCCCUACCCGACCCUGUAUCAGUCCGCUGUGGCCCUACCCGGCCCUGCAUCAAUCCGCUCUGGCCCCUGGCCCUACCCGACCCUGCAUCAGUCCGCUCUGGACCCUAGCCUAACCCGACCCUGCAUCAGUCCGCUCUGGCCCCUACCCGACCCUGCAUCAGUUCGCUCUGGCCCCUGGCCGUACCCGACCCUGUAUCAGUCCGCUGUGGCCCUACCCGGCCCUGCAUCAGUCCGCUCUAGCCCCUACCCGACCCUGCAUCAGUCCGCUCUGGCCUACCCGACCCUGCAUCAGUCCGCCCUGGCCCCUGGCCCUACCCGACCCUGCAUCAGUCCGCU